UAAAACUGGGCCGAUGCGUUAUGCCACAGGAGCUAAUGGAUGAGGAUGGAAAUGGUGGACUGGCAGGGGGGCAUCCAGGAAUUGAUGGCCCAGGAGGGCAGUAAACUGGUGGACUUGCUGUGCGAACAGAAGAGCAAAGUUCUGGAUCAUAUUUUUUCCUUAGUGGACCCUAGGACACAGGACCAACUACGGUCACUGACCAACAUUAAAGACCGUGUCUCAGGCAUUGUAAAUUACUUCAAGAAUUCAGAUUGUAUUAUAUGUGAAGAUUUUCUCCACAAUGUAUAUGAGUACUGUGAAAAUAUUCCUUUUCCUCUGGAAACCACACUGCUGUCCAUAGCAGGAUAUGGAUCUGAUUAUUUACAGAGUUACAAAGAUGUUCUGAAAUCCAUUCUACUGCAAAAACAUGAGACUGUGACACAGGCUGUGGUGAAAGAGAUCCGUCUGAAUGAGACAUGGGUAUAUUUAAAACAUAGUCACCCUCUGCGAGGAAAAGACAGAACCACCCAGCCUCAAGCCUCUCUAGGCAACCAGGAAGGAGAUGCUUCAUUUGAGCAUAAAGUUUCAGUGGAGUCUCUUUUGGAAACCACUGGCAAAAUUUUCAUGCUGCUGGGUCAGGCUGGGUCUGGUAAGACCCUGUUGGUGCACUGCCUUGGUCAUAGCUGGGCUGAAGACUCUUUCUCAUCCAUUCACUUGCUGUUUCUGCUGGAGUUCCAGCAGCUCAACCUCAUAUCACGAAACCUGUCCUUGAAAGAACUGCUCUUUCUCUUCUACCCUCCAUGUGAGAAAGCUGAGGAUCAGAGCGAAGCAGUGUUUGCUUUCAUCCUCUCCAACCCUGAGAAGGUCUACUUCAUAUUUGAAGGGUAUGAUGAGUUUCGAGCCAAGCUUACGGAUCCGAAAAAGCUUGAUGGUAUUAUUGACACAUACAAACCACUUCCAAUGACAGAUCUCCUCUCUGCACUGUGCAAUCGUAAAAUCCUCCCAAACUGCACUGUGCUGGUCACCUGUAGGCCACGAGAUGUGACAAACAUGUUUGGGAGUCACAGUUUCACAACUUGUGAGCUGAUAGGAUUUGACCAUUUGGGUGUGAAGGAAUACACUGAGCAGUACUUCCAUGAAAAGGGAGAUGAAUUUAAAGAAAAGGCUGUAAACUUGUUGAUGGACAGCCAUCAACUCCUUUCCAUGUCUCAUGUGCCAGGACUCUGUCAUAUCUGCUGUGUUUGUGUGGAUUAUCUGUUCUCCAUUUCUGGAACUCAUGCUAGUCUACAGCUACCCAUGUCCUUAACCCAAAUCUACAUUCAGAUCUUGUUUGCCUUUCUCAGCCACUUCAAUGAGGACGGGAUGUCUAGCGUGCCUUUGAUGCAGAGAUACAGAACUAAAAUUGUUGAGAUGAGCAAGCUGGCCUUUAAAGGUUUGGAGGGAAGCAGCAUUGUUUUCAUGGCUGCAGAAGUUUCGGCAGAGCUCCAGGAUUUUGGCGUCAGAACUGGGAUCUUGUCUCGAGUGAAGCUGACAUGUGAGGAUGGAUCUUCAGGAUAUGGUUUCACCUUCAUGCACCUCACAUUGCAGGAGUUCCUCGCUGCUCUCCAUCUCAUGACCAGCCAAAGCAUGACAGAGUGUCAACUUAAGAAGAAGCUAAACUUGAAAACCCGCUGGACCACCAAAAUAGAUCCAAAAUCUGUCUUUACUGACUCCCUCCAUCUUUAUGUGUGUGGGCUUGCAGCCGAGGCCUGCACCUCCAGUCUGGUCCAGCUGAAAGGGACAGAGGAAGUCAGAACUUGGGUACAAGCACGCCAAGCUGCAGUCCGAGGCAUUUUGUUUGCUUCAGCAGGAAAUGCCAGUCAAACAGGCCCCAAAAUAGUUGAGCUGUGCCGAUGUGCUCAAGAGACACAAGAUGCUAAACUGGCAAGGACUAUUGGUUCGAGACCUCGCUUCGAACUGCGCAAUAUCAGACUUAGUGCUGUUGACAUGGAGGCCUUGGCAUUUGUAACAGCAGCUGCAGAUCAGACUGUAUGUCUAGACUUUGGUGGCUGCUCCAUUGACCUGGAUUGUUUGGAAAUCCUCCCUUGUUUCAAGAAUGUGGAUCACCUCAUUUUCCGAAGCCGGAAAUAUGAUGACAAGUUUGCAGAGGCUUUGUGUUGUAUCCUGUCCAAGCUCCAGGCCUUACGGCGAUUAGAAUUUAUCAGUGGGGGCCUCACCGAUGUUGGAGCUGCUAAACUUGCCAGGGCUUUGGAGGACUGUACACAUAUCACGCAUCUAAAUGUCAGUGAUAUCCUUAAAGACGAGGGUAUAGGACAAAUGGUGAAAACACUAUCCAAACUGCCCAACAUCUGCUCUGUUCUGAUGGACAAAAGCAGCAUCUCCACAGAUGGAAUCCUAAUGCUCACUGAAAAGAUGGCCAUCUGCCCUUCCAUUCAGAAAGUCUAUGUUGAGGGAAGUAAGGAUGUCCGUAUUUCCUUCUCUCAAACCUCUGACACAACCAGUGAAAGAAUGGAACUGAAUAACAAAGAAGAGGCAAAGAAUGUGACAUUGAAGCAGUGUUACUUCACCUGUGCUAAUGUUGCCAGCCUGUGUAAUAAACUCAAGGGCUACUCCUUCUUAACUGCUUUAGAUUUGUCCAAAAACUUGUUGGGUAACAAGGGCCUAAAGAAAUUUCUGGACCUUCUGCCUAAACUUGGAAUUAUUCAGGAGAUAAAUAUCAGUGAAAAUGGAGUAGAUAUGGAGGGGUUGGUACUGCUGGCUUCUGCCCUCUGUACUCAUAAGGACCUGAUGAAAGUAGAUGCAAGUGAAAAUGGAAAGAAAACAUUGGUUCUUUGGUUUGACACCAGCGGAAGACAUUCAAAGCAGUUUGCCAAAAAGGAAACUGGAUUACAUCUGCAUAAAAAACUGAGUUUAACCUAUAGUGAUAUCCAACCUACCUACAUGACCAGACUGUGUAAGCAACUGGUGAAGUGUAAAAACCUUCUGGAUAUUGAGUUCACACAUCUAAAAUUGUCAAACGAGUCGGUUGAAAAUUUGAUUUUGAUUCUUCCUGAAAUGUCUUCUCUUCAACUUCUGAACCUAAGUCAUGUUGACAUGUCUACGAAUGGGGCUCUGUUAUUGGUCAGAUCUCUUGUCGACUGUCAGCGUGUCACUGCUGUAGAACUCAGGCACCAGGCAGAAGCAUUCAUUAAGUUCGUACCAGUCAAAGCAGAGGCAGCAAUUUGCAAGCUCACAGAGUAUAAACUAAGCAGAACCAAUGUUGAGAAGCUCUCAAUGAUACUGGAGGGCUGUCCUCACCUAGCUGAACUGGAUUUGUCCCAUAACCUUCUCAAAGAUGAGGGGGUGAAAUGUUUUGUUGAUUGUUUGCCAAAACUAAAGAUCUCCAGCUCAGUGAGCCUCAAUGGCAACAGAAUGACCCAAGUGGGGGCUCUGCAUCUGGUCAACUCAAUGAACACCUGCAAGAAAGUGGUUUCUGUUGAAGACAGUCUUGGAGUGGAAGAUCAGUCUCUGAUUCAGUUUGUGCAGAAACAUAUUAACGGCAAGUCUAUCAGACUGAAGGAGUGCAGCUUUGAGGCCAACCACUUACAGAAGCUUGUGGAAAUACUGAACCAAUGUCCAAGACUACUUACAUUAGAACUGUCAUCUAUUUCGCUGCACAAUCAAGACCUGUUUUCUUUACUGAACAGUCUGGCCAAACUAUCCUCAAUUCAAACUGUAAAAUUAAGAAAUAAUGGUCUGAGUUCUGAACAGAUUAGGUAUUUUGUGAAGCAGCUCAGUAGCUAUCACCAAUACAGAGACAUCUGGAUUGAAGAGCUGUGGAUGACAGGAGAUGCUGUUGUCAGUCUUGUUGGUAACUGCCUAAAACUGGAGUCACACAUCAGAGAAAUGAGGGUCAACCAUUCAUCCAUAAAUAUCAUUAUGGAGGCCAAUUCCAGUUCCAGCUUUAAUUCUAUAUCUCAUUCUGAAAUCAGAGAGCUCUCACUAUGUACUCUGCGAUCCAUCAGUCAUCUCACUCCACUUACACUUCCUAUCCAAAAAUGUCAUGCCUUACAGGAUUUGAAGUUUUCUCAGCUCAAAAUGGACAGAAAAGGUGCAGAGUUUUUUUCUCUAGUCUUUCCAGCUUUAUUGAAUCUUAGGAACCUCAUUCUUGAUUUGAAAGGAGCAACUGAAGAUGAUUUGAUAAUACUAAUGGAAGCAUUACCAAACAAUCAAACAUUUGAGAGUCUGAGUUUGUCUCAGCUCGUUUUAGGUGACCGCGGAACCACAGUACUUGGCGGGGUCCUUAAAAAAGUACCAAAUCUGAGUCUCUCUCAGUGCUCUGGUUGGACAGCGGGUCAAGGGAGGGAAUUGGUCAUAGAUCUGGUGCAGUGCUUCUCUCUUGAAGAGAUCCGGCUGGACUCUGUGGUAUUGGAUGAAGAGGGCAUAAACAUCUUGGCCCAAGGCUUCUGCAGGAUGGGCUCACUUAGGAGGCUCAGGUUGGAUGGCACGCGAAUGGGAGAUAGUGGAGCACAUGAGCUUUUGAAGUACAUUCCCUCAUGGACUGAACUAAGAAAAAUAAGUCUGUCAGACAACAGUGUGAGUGACCAGGCUAGAGAGAAGCUAGUGGAGGCACUAUUCCACUGCAGAGCUCUUCAACGAUUACAGCUUUCCAAAAACCAGCUUGGUGAAUACUGUGCUACUAAACUAUCUCAAGUCCUUCCGUUACUGUCUCAGCUCUCAGAACUGGAUUUGUCAGAGAAUCAGUUUGGUCCAAAAGGAUGUUUAAUUCUUUGUGAAGGUCUGGUCAACAAGAAAGCACUGAAAAGACUGCACUUGACUUCGAUUGGGAGUUCAGAUCUGGCCGGUGUGGCCUCAACCCUCAUAUGCUGUCCAUCCAUAGAGGAUGUCAGCUUGUCAUGGAAUGAAUGUGGUGACGAACUGGCACAGAAACUGGCUGAGAUUUUGCCCCUGUGUACAAAGUUGAAAAGACUUGACCUGGAGGCCAAUAAAAUAACCACAAAAGGAGCAAUAGAGUUUGCCAAAUGCCUCCCAUCAUGCCCUUCCAUUGAAGUAAUAAGGCUCUGGAGGAGCUUAAUUGCCAAAGAUGAUGAAAAUCUGAAAGAUCAUAGACUGAACUUCUCAUCAAUUUAAUCUCUUAUGUUUUCUGGUUUAAUUAUUUUUUUCUUUCCUUUUUGGUAUAUUGUACAUAAUAACAGUAAACUGCUACAUUUAAUUGGAGAACACAUUACCUCAUUAGAGCAACUCACCACACCAAACACAGUUUAUCCAGCUGCCCAGGGACUGGAAUAUGCCCAUCUAAUGGUAACAAUGUUGGAAAUUGGCUCAGUUAAGUUAUUAGAAAUAACUUUAUUUCCUACCCUUUACUAGAGAUAUACAUUUUUGUGUUUUGUCAGUGCAAAAAUAGAUAAAACUAUGUUUAUAUGUAGCACUGUGAAGCAAGCAGUUCUCUUGUAAAGUUAAGAACAGUCAUGCUGAGAAGCUCAGAGCCAAGCACUCCAUUGUGGGCAUUCCUGCACUGAUCCUCCCUGGACACCACCAUGUUGUGUUCUCCUUUAAAUUACAUAUUUAUGUCUGUACUUCACUUUGAUCUCUUCAGCUUUCAGGCCUUUUUAUUAGAAAUAUGUUGUACUAUUUAGAAACUGUGCAGUAAAAUUGCAUAUUGUUUUGAGCCAAAGUGUCAUCGUCUCCUGCACUGAUCAGUUUUCACUCGUUUCAUUUAGUCAUCUUUUUUCUAAAAUUCAAUUGAAUUAUAAAUAAAGGUGAACUUGUAAAAUAUUUUGUCCAGUAGAGAAAUAAUUUUUUUAAUAGUAAAAUUAUAAAUACAAAAAGAGGAACAAGUUCAGUAAAUACCAGCAAUUAUUAAAGCAGUUAUAUUUAGUUGAGGUGUACCCUUGUUUGA